AUGAAUGAGAAAACUAAGACUUGUCGAGAACUUGACAGUUCUUUCUAUAUUUCUAUCAAAUUAUUUGUUAUUCGUCCUUGGAGUAGAACUCUUGAGAAAGAUCUUGAAGAAUUGCGUACUAUUCCAAUUUGGAUGAAUAUUAGAAAAGUUCCUUUGUACAUGUGUAAUUCUAAAGGCCUGAGAAGCAUUGCUAGUUGUGUGGGUGUUCCUAUUAUGCUUGAUAAACAGACAUUAAAUAGAACUGGAAUGAUUUAUGCUCGUUUCAGUGUUGAAAUUGAUACUUCACGUGAGUUUCCUAGUUUUAUUCUUGUGUAUUUGGAUCAUAUGCUAGCUUUUGAAGUUGAUGUUGAGUACCCAUGGAAGCCUCCAAUGUGUACCCAUUGCAAGACUUUCAAUAAUUCUUCCAUUGCUUGUAAAAAGGUGGUUGAAAUUGUGCAGAAGAACCCUGUAACUCAAGGUAAGAAGAACAUUCCUGAUAAGGAAGGGUGGGUUAUUAAAGGCUCUAAAAGAAAUAGAGAAAAUAUAGAAAAUGAAGGUGUUAAGGUUACACAACAGAGCUUGGCUACUGGCUCUGAAUUGGAGAGUCAAAUGGAGGGUAUUGAGCAUUCAAUAACUGGGAUGGAUACCACUAAAAGUGCUUCUCAUUAUGCAAAAUCUGGCAGUGGUGGUGUGAUUGAAACCAUUAAUAUGUUUGAGGUCUUAGUUGAGCAGGAUCUCAAUGUCUCCCUUCACCAACCCAAGCAGGCUCAGUGGGAGGGUAUAAAACGAAAUAAUACUGGUUCUUGUUUUAUUACUGAUCAAGAAGGUGGAGCUCAAGCUCAUUUUAUCAAGGCCAAUGAUGGGGGUCCUUCAAAGCUAACACCAUCUAAGAACUCAGAUCUGAAAAGAUCUGGUAGAGAAACCCAUGUUCAAGAAUUAUGUGCUAGUAGCAUAAGACACAAAAUAAUGCCUUCUUGGAAAUUUCUAGAUAAUUAUAAUAAUGAUUUUGCUGGUAGAAUAUGGAUUGGUUGGGACCCUUGUGAGGUUAAGAUUACUAUUCUUCAUUCCUCUUCUCAGUGUAUUUUUGCUUUAGUGGAUACUGUUAAAGGGUUUUCUUUUGUGGCUACUUUUGUGUAUGACAACAAUGAUAUUGUUAUUCGUCGGUCUUUAUGGGAAGAUAUCUGUAACUUUAGUCAGGAUAAUUCUAGACCUUGGAUUAUUUUAGGAGAUUUCAAUUCCAUUAUGUCUCCAAUUGAGAAAACUGGUGGUGCUGAGAAAAAACCUUUUCAUUAUCAAGAUUUAAGCAACUGUGUCCAAGAGGCUCAUCUCAUGGAUCUUCCUUAUUCGGGAUGUUUCUAUACUUGGUUUAAUAAACAAGGUGCUACUAGAAUUGGUUCUAAUAUUGAUAGAAUCAUGGUUAAUAUGGAGUGGAUUGAUCAGUUUGUGGAUUCAAAGGCAGAAUUUCUUCUCCCUGGGGUUUCUGAUCAUUCUCCUGGGAUUGCCUCUAUAUUUGGAAAAAGAAAACAUGGGACUCCACCUUUUAGAUUCUUUAACUAUAUGACUAAGGAACCUGAUUUUCUUGAUUUGAUUAGAAGGGUUUGGAAUGUUAAGGUGAGGGGUAAUCCUAUGUAUGUGUUCAUGACUAAACUCAGAAAGGUUAAAGAUGUUAUUAUAGAUUGGAAGAGACUUAGAUUUAAGAACCUCUCUGAGCAGGAAAGGAUAUCAAGGAAUAAUAUUCUUACUCUUACUUCUAGGGAUGGUGUGGUCUUGGUGGAUGACAAGGAGAUAACUGCAGAGUGUAUUGAUUUUUUCUCUAAACUUUAUGAUGAAGAAGGAAAGGAGGACACUAAUGGCCAAUUAAUUGAGGAUCUCCACUUUGAUAAAGUUAUUGAUGAUACUUCUAAAUCGACUCUUAUUAGGCAUAUUACCAGAGAUGGAAUAAUUCAAGCUCUUGCUUCCAUAGGAUCGGGGAAAGCUCCUGGUCCAGAUGGUUUUUCCAGUCAUUUUUUCAAAUUCUGUUGGGCAAUAAUUGGAGAUGAUUUUGUGGCUGCUGUCAAGAAUGCUUUUAAGAGAUCAAAAUUCCUUAAAGAGGUAAACAAAACUUUUGUCACUCUUAUUGCUAAAAAUGAGAAUCCUAGUGGUAUUGUGGACUACAGACCUAUAGCUUGUUGUGAAGUAGUUUACAAAUGCAUUGCCAAGAUUAUAUCUCUCAGAAUGAAGUUUUUAUUGAAGCAUUUAAUCCAUCCCUGCCAAUCUUCUUUUAUAGCAGGAAGAUCUAUUCAAGACAACAUUCUAGUAGCACAUGAGAUUUUUAGAAACUAUCAUAGGACUACUGGUACUCCUAGAUAUACCAUGAAGAUUGUUCUCAGGAAAGCAUAUGACAUUGUUAGCUGGAAGGCAGUUCUUAUUACUUUAAAGAAGAUGGGAUUCCCUGCUAUUUUUAUUGGCUGGAUUGAACUUUGUAUUACUUCACCUAAGUUUUCUAUUCUUAUUAAUGGGUCUUCAUAUGGCUACUUUGGAGCUAGAAGAGGACUGAGAGAAGGGUGUCCCCUCUUCCCCUAUAUUUUUGUCAUGGUGAUGGAGCUUCUUAGCAUUAUUCUUCAAAACACGGGCACUACUAAUGCAGCUGCUAAUUUAAGGAGGGGUAUCAUGGAGUUUAGUGCUUGUUCUGGUCUUCAAAUGAACCAACAGAAAACUUCUUUGUUUGCUUCUACAGUUGGAGAUGAUGAGCUACAGAGUAUACUUCAUAUUAUGCAAUAUCUUGAGGAUAAAUUGCCAGUAAGAGUUCUAGAUCAGAGACAAAUUGCUAGAGACAUGGUCAUUACUAUUUUGGGUGAUGAAGCAAAUACUAUUUUUUUGCAUGAUAAUUGGCAUUAUAAAGGUAAAUUGUCUUCUUGGAUUGAUCCUUAUAUAAUUUAUGAGUAUUUUCCAAAUGAUGCUUGCACUGUCUCAGAUUUUGUUAAAAAUGAUGAAUGGUAUUUACCUCCUUCAUAUGAUCCUAGCGUUGCAGCUAUCUUUUUACAAGUGGCUUCAACUGAUUUCCUUACUUUAGAGAAGGACAAGGUUAUGUGGUCUGUUAGUAGUUCUGAGGGUUUUUCAGUUAAAGAUACUCAUAGUUCCUUAUUUCCUCAUGGUGAGAAAGUGAACUGGAGUACCCUUGUAUGGUUUAAACUUCAUAUACCUAGGCAUUCCUUUAUUACUUGGGUGACUUUACAUGGCAGAUUAAAAACUAGAGAUAAGCUUCUUAAAUGGAAUGUUAUUGCUUCUUCUUCUUGUUUAUUCCGUGCUGCUACUGAAGAAAAUGAAGCAUAUAUGUUCCAUGCUUUGAGCUACCUAAUUGUCCAAGAAGUGUGGCUUAAGUUGAGUGCUCAUCAUUUGAAGGAUGUUGAUUCUGUUGCUAACAGGCUAUUCAUGGAGAGAUGGAAGGUCAACUGUGAGUUCAUUUUAAAGCAAACUAUUUUAUGUGCUUGGAUUGCUCCUACUGGUUAUGAUGUUAUGAUAAAUACUGAUGGUGCAAUGUCUGAAGUUGGUGCUGGUUUUGGAGCUAUUAUAAGAGAUUAUCUAGGAACUGGAGGAAGUCACUCUAUCUCUGUUGAGACUCAUGAACUGCAGGGUGUGGAACUGGAUUUAAAAAUUGGGCUUGAGAUUGAAGCAAAAUGUAUCCACCUCUGUACUGAUUCUUUUUCUAAUUGCCUGCUUCUUAACAGUUAUGAUCCUAAACCCCCUGGAAGACUGUCCAGAUUUGGAGAAGAAUUAUAUUGCUGCUGGGGGAUUCACCCUUGUUCUAACUAUGCGAAGAUUGAUGAAGCUGAGUUUACUUUGGAGUUUAGAGAAAUUCUGGCUGCUGAUAGGGCAGGGAAAGUUUUUAUCAUAAAUUAG